CGUUAGAUAUUGUGUUCUGCUUUGUUCGUGGUUGGUUGUGUUUAGUGGUUUAGUUUAGGUCUUUCGGUCGUUUGAGAAAGAAAGUUAAGAGGUAUCUCGCAUCUCGCACCACUAUGAGCGUCCACAAGCCAAACAGUCAACAGCAGAAAAUGACUUUAGAUUCAAGAGUUUUCGAUAGUUUGUCCUCGACAUUUCCUGAAUUUCAGUGCACUAUUGCUGACAUAAAGUUUCCUAAAAAGGACUUUGUCAUAAAUUUUUAUCUAUAUGUGCUGGAACAACUCCAAUUUAAUCCUAACAAACUUAUUGGUACGCUACUUGAAGAUCAGUUUAAAGGAAUAUCCCAUCCUGAAAUGUUUCGAGAGAGUUUUCAGCUUAUCAGCCUGAUGAAGUCCCUACGGACCAUACUAAAUAAGCUUCAUACGAAAGAUGGUUUGCAGUUUGGGUUGAAUGACCUGGUUGAUCCCAGUCCUGCCAGAAAUUCGGCAUUUAUGUUUACUCUCCUUAACUUCUUCAAUUUCGCUGAUGCAAGAGUGACCGAACUUAAAGAUAAACUUGAUAUCGUUGGUGAACGUAAAUCUCAACUGAGUGAAUUAUUGGCUAAACGGGAACAAAUUGCUAGAGAGAAAAACGAGAGAGCAGAAAAGAAAGUCAAAAUGCAGGAUCGUGCACAACAGAUUCAUAUCCAAAAAUUAGGAUUUGAAGCAUUGAGGGAUGAAACUGUGUCUCUUGAGAAAAUGAGUGACAAAAGACAUGAAGAAUUGGAAGAUGUUGCACGACAUAUUUGUAGGGUCCAGUCCCAGAUUAAUGAGUUAAAGGAUACCUACCAUAAGUUGCAAGCUCAACAAGUACAAUCUCCUGACGUACUUAAAAACAGUUACAAGCACCUACAAGAUAAGCUUAAAGAAACCAAACUUCUAUUGGAACAAUCACAAGAGACAGCUGAGGAGAAGAAAAAGAUCUUGCUCUUACUUGAAACAGUGGAAAAAGGACAAGACAAUCGUCUGAUACUACUCAAAGAAAUUAUUGAUCAAGCCAAGGAAGUGAAAAAACUUGGAACUGAGCUAGCUAAUUUGGAGUUGAAACUUAAAUCAGAUUCCGCUUUAACCGAGGCAUCUCAGGCUAGACUGAAUGGACUCAAAAAGGAUCUCUCAGGUCUCACAACUCAAAUAACCACUCUUGAACUACAGCAUGAGAAAACUAAAAGUAGCAUGAAGGAGGGCAUACGUCAUUUAAAGGAGGAGCGGAAAGCCCUAGAAGAUACGGAGAGCUCUGAACUUGAAUCUGUGCUUGAGUCUAUUGAUAAUGUACAACAAGAGGUUAACAGUUUACUUCAGGAAAAUACUAGAUUAAAUAAAUCUUACGAAAAGCUCUAUGCAUCUCUAAUCCAAAAGGAACAAGAAUUUACAAGCUCUGAAAUUGAAUAUAUUGAUGGUGAAAUUGCUGAAAUGAAACUGGCUCAACAAUCCAAGAAAAGGUCUUAAAUCUAAUGGUGAAACAAUUUUUCAUGUAGGAAAUAUGGCUAAGUGAUAAAACAAAAAUUGUCAAUAAUUUAUGUAGAAUGUAAUUGAAUGUAAUUGUCUUCUAUACAAGGAAUCAAAAUUUGAAAAUGUUUUGAUA